ACAGCUGAUUGUCAUUUAGUUUUUUUCUUUGAUUGGGUAAUUUAUUUAUUUUGAGUAUUUAAUCGGCAUUCUGCAUGCAGUAUUUGCCGCCUAGUAGUAUACGGAUAACUGAAAAAUUUCACGGUGGUUUAAUUAAAAACAUAGCAAACUUCAUCACUUCUCGAAAUUAAUUACUCCCAACAUCAUAAUGUCUACACGUCGUCUGGCCAAAACUUUAUACCGCAAAUUAUUGCGUGAAGCUGAAAAAUUACCAUCAUAUAACUUCAGAAUGUAUGCUGGAAGGAAGAUUCGUGAAACAUUCCGUGAAAACAAAACGAUAAAUGAUUUUGACAAAAUUGAUGCACAAAUUGAGGUGGCAAGGCAGAGUCUUGAAAUGUUACGACGACAGGCUAUCAUUGGACAUCUAUACUCUGCAGAAAAACUAGUUAUAGAAAGGAAGAAAACCCUAAGCCAUGCAGAAGAUUAAAAAAAACGAAUUCCAGCGUUAAGAAUGAGAACACGAAAGACGGUUAUGCAGGCAUUCUACGAGGAGUACUGGUUACGAAUAAUUAGUUUCUAGGGCUGUUUUCAGUUUUUCUUUGCAUUUUAUGAGUUUCGUUUUUAAGAAAUGGAAAGAAGAUGAACACAAAUUGUUUUUAAAAUAAGUUACCAAGUGAAUAAAACAAGAAUAAAAUUCUUUAA